UUGGCCAUGGCCAUGGCCGUGGCUGGUCCUGCUCUCCUCGCCACAGUACCAAGAGAGUGUGUCCUGGUAGCUGAGGCUGCUUCCCCACCAGUUUCUUCUCCUGGAGUCCUAAUAAGAGAAAUUGAGAGGAUUUUCUCUCUAAAUAGCUAAUAAAACAGACAAAUCCAGCUUGCCUCCCUCCCCCCCCCCCCAAAUAAAUUAUUGUAUUCUUUUGCAUGUCUCCUCACCCAGUCUGCACCUUCAUUUAAGUUAGCAUUUAUGUUGGCUAUUAAUACAGGUCUACCGGCCAAGCAGGUGUUGAUUUAAAUUAUAUCCAUCUACUAUUUCAAACUCCUGCUGUGGUAGAUUAUUUUUGAUGUGAUUAAAUACAAAGUUUUAUUUUCUGGUCUCAUAACUGUGCACACAAUUUUGUGUUGAUUUUUGUCAUUAUAAGUUUAAAGAGAUAAUCUUAGCAGGACUAAGCUUACCAAAAGCUCCUCUGAAAAACACAAGGGGCUAUUUAAGAUAAAACACAUUAGGUUACAAUUGAUCUAAUGGAAAAUGUUUAAAUCCUGAUCAGAGACAUCUCCAAGUCAAAGUUUAUUCAGAGAAAAUGACAGAAACAGAAAGUUACAGGAAGUAACUUUGCUGUACAGGAAGUUAACAGAGUCACGGGUUUUCCCACAGUCAAAAGCACAAUGGUAGAGGAAGCAGAUGGGGAACAUGCAAGGCUGUGAGGUCUCUCAUUUCAGUGGAAGCAGAACUGGAGCAUUGGAAAGCAUGAAGUACUACACAAUGAGGCUUGAAACCAGAAAGAGAAUUGAAGACUGAGUAUAAAAGUCUAUUAAUUUGCAAAUUGUAAGAUUCAGCAAUGAUACACUGUGGAAAAAAACAUAUUUGUGCUAUUGUUGCAUGUAUUCUUAUUUUUACAAGCAUUUUAAUCUGCUAUUGGAAAGAUCUUCGGCUACCAAAUACAAUAACUACAAGAAUCUUCCCCCAGACAGCAACUGCCAGUCCAACAGGUCACCUUUGUAGGGGGAAAAUUGCUCGAAAUGCAAUAACACCAUUAAAAGAUAACAAAACUUUUAUUAUAUCCCCAUACUUUGAUGACAGAGAAAGCAAAGCCACUCGUGUGAUUGGGAUUGUUCACCAUGAAGAUGUGAAACAGCUAUACUGCUGGUUCUGCUGUCAGCCCAAUGGAAAGAUCUAUGUAUCAAAUGCAAAAAUUGAUGUUCACUCAGAUAGAUUUGGAUUCCCUUAUGGUGCAGCAGAUAUAGUUUGUUUGGAACCUGAAAACUGUGAUCCAACACAUGUAUCAAUCCAUCCGUUUGCACAUGGAAAUAUUGACCAGCUGCCAAGGUUUGAAAUUAAAAACCGCAAGGCUGAGCCCUUUUCUGUUGACUUCACUGUGUGCAUCUCUGCCAUGUUUGGAAACUACAACAAUGUCUUGCAGUUCAUACAGAGUCUGGAAAUGUACAAGAUUCUUGGAGCUCAGAAAGUGGUGAUCUAUAAGAACAACUGCAGCCAUCUGAUGGAGAAAGUCUUGAAGUUUUAUAUAGAAGAAGGAACUGUAGAGAUAAUUCCCUGGCCAAUAAACUCACACCUCAAGGUUUCCUCUAAAUGGCAGUUCAUGCAAGAUGGGACACACAUUGGCUACUAUGGACAAAUCACAGCUCUAAAUGACUGUAUAUACCGUAACAUGCAAAGGAGCAAGUUUGUGGUUCUUAAUGAUGCUGAUGAAAUAAUUCUUCCCCUUAAGCAUCCAAACUGGAAAACAAUGAUGAGCAGCCUUCAGGAACAAAACCCAGGGACUGGCAUUUUUCUCUUUGAGAACCACAUCUUCCCAGAAACCAUCUCUACUCACAUGUUCAACAUCUCGUCCUGGAAUACUGUGCCAGGUGUUAACAUAUUACAGCAUGUUCACAGAGAGCCUGACAGGAAAUAUGUAAUCAAUCCCAGGAAGAUGAUAGUUGAUCCGCAAAAAGUGAUUCAGACUUCAGUCCACUCUGUCCUACAUGCCUAUGGGGACAGUGUGAAUGUUCCCGUGGAUGUUGCCCUCAUUUAUCACUGUCGGAAGCCCCUUCAAAGAGACCUUCCCAGAGAAUCCCUUGUCAGAGAUACAAUCCUGUGGAGAUACAACUCAUCAUUAAUCAUGAAUGUUAACAAGGUGCUAUCUCAAACCAUACUGAAACUGGUGUGACAUAGCUCUUAUCAAGGAUGCAUCCCCUAUGGAGAUACACCUUUGGCUUUGAAAGUGAACUGUGUUGGGUAUGCUGCAAUUUGAAGUGUAAUAAUGAAAUGUAAAGUUGUUGCAAUAGUCAUUUAAUGCUACCUUUUCCCCAGCAAUAAAUGUAUUGUAUGUUUAAGUCCUCUAAUACUCACAGGGGAAAAAAAGGAUCUGUAACUUAAGGCCUUUGACACUAGAAAAAAAUAUCCUACCAUAGAACUUCAAAUGCCAGCAUUGUAUUUAGUUGUAGGCAUGAUUCAGCUAUCAGGUCUGUCUCCAAAAGUAGACAGGACUCCUGUAAACUACUGGAUUUUGUCGUUGUGCAAUUAUCAAAUUUCCCAGUACUUUUUUGAAGAUUGAUUUGGAUUUUGAAAAUAUAA